CGAAAUGACACCGACGGAGAUGUAUCUCGUGUCGACGUUGCUGCUGGUGGCCGUAGCUUUGGCUUCCGGCACGGGCGAGCUUGCGGAGACGGACAUUCACGCCGAAGGCUGCUACUCGUGUGCUGAGUACAGAUGUCCGUCGGACCCAAGUGAAUGUCUGUUGGGCACGACGAUGGACAUAUGCGGCUGCUGCAGUCAAGGCGUGUGCGCUCGGACGCUCGGGGAGUCCUGCUGGAACCCCAUGAUCCACGAACUACCCAAUUGGAGGCGCAACGAGGGCCUGUGCGCUUCCCGUUACGAGUGCCAGUUGAGGGACGAUCUUGAGCCAGAGGAUAUACCCGAGGCGACGUGCGUCUGCCCGGAGGAGGGUCCGGUCUGCGGCAGUAACAAUCGGACCUACGCGACGUCCUGCGUCCUUUACGAGCAAUCGAAGCGCUACUACUCGGACUACUUGCAUCUCCAGCACCCGGGACCCUGUCCCCAUCACCCGGUCAUUUACUCAGCCCCCGAGAACGUAGCCGGAGUCCUGAACCACUUGGUCGCGCUGGGCUGCGAGGCCAAGGGCUUUCCCCUGCCCGACGUCUUCUGGGAGUUCCACUCCGCCGAUGGCGAACGCGUGCUCAGGCUACCUUAUGACGAGCUGGAUGACGCGGUGGUUAACAACAGCAUGAAUAACAACACCCUGAUGCGAACCUCUUGGCUCCAACUGGAACACCUGAGGCAGCAUCACGUCGGCACCUAUCACUGCGUAGCCAACAAUUCCAUCGGACAAGCCAGUGCAUUCUCGAGCGUGUCCAUCGGUUGAGCUUUUUUAAUGAGUAGGUCACAUCGCGAUGAGGGGUUUUACUGUGAAGCUGAGACGAUCACCAGCUGUCCAUCGAUGGUGCCGGACUAUAAUUAAAUAAACAAAAAAAGGUAAAAUCACUGGUCUACGUACCGUUGAUGAUGUGCCCAUACACCAUGACAUUAUCAAAAGCACCAAUAAUUAUUUACAUAGCUUGAUAUAGUAAGUUCAUUUUUAUUGAUUUUGCGAGUCUUUAUAUGUAUGACAAUCGUAAUUAUUAAC